GUCCAGACAAGAAAGAAAAAAAAUACUCCUCAGUAUUCUCUCAGUCAUUUUCCUCUCUCCCCCACCAUUGAUGGGGGGGAAGAAGUCUAUAUAAAAUCUCCCACCAAAGUUAAAAAAAAAGCUACAGCCCCUCCUUUGUCUUCCACUUCUGGCGCCAUUUGCAGACUCUCUCUCUUUGUUCAAACUUCUUUCACUUCCUCUUCUACAAAACCAUAGAGAAAAACCCCACUCACACACACACACACACACACACACACAUAUCUAUAUACACACUCAUAUAUUUCUGUAUCUCUUUCCUGUUUAAUAAUGGAAGAGAGGGAGAGCACGGUUUCUGGGUCACUCGGGAACUCGGACACUGACUCACCAUCAGCCCCGUUGAGCAACAUGGCUGUUGUCAACACAAACCUUGGCGUGUCAACAACAACAACAACAACGACGGUGAUGAUGACAGAAACAAACACAAACACAAACCCGAACACAACGACAACAGCUACAACAGCAACGACGACAACCCCCCCAGUGAGCAGUGGUGAUUUGUUAGGGAAAAAGAAGAGAGGGAGACCGAGGAAAUACGACGCAGAUGGGAACUUGAGGGUUUCGUAUACGGCGGCACAACCACCGUCUGGUUUUACUUUGUCUCCUUCUGAUUAUUCUUCUUCAAAAAGAGGAAGAGGAAGGCCUCCUGGCUCUGGAAACUGGCAGCUUCUUGCUUCUUUAGGUGAAUUGUUUGCGAACACAGCAGGAGGGGACUUCACACCACAUGUUGUCACUGUUAAUACCGGAGAGGAUGUUGCAGCAAAAAUUCUUUCCUUUUCUCAGAAGGGUCCUCGAGGAAUAUGUGUUCUUUCUGCCAAUGGUGCUAUUUCGAAUGUUACCAUUCGCCAGCCAGGUUCCUCUGGUGGAAUCUUGACAUACGAGGGCCGCUUUGAGAUAUUAUCUUUAUCUGGAUCAUUUACAGUCACUGAUAAUGGUGGUAUGAGGAGUAGGACUGGUGGAUUAAGUGUCUCAUUGGCUGGUCCUGAUGGUCGUGUAAUAGGUGGUGGAAUUGCUGGUUUAUUAACAGCUGCUGGCCCUCUCCAAAUUGUUGUUGGUAGCUUCAUGCCAAAUGGUUAUAAGGUACAUAAAAGGAAGCACCAUCGGGAACAUUCCUUGUCAUCUCCCAUCUCAGGUGCUCCACCCAUGCUGACUGUUGCAAGUCCUAUCUCACAAGCAAAACCUGAUGUUGAUAACUUUUUUAACCCAACAUCACCAUUACCAGUACAAAAACAUGAAGAAGCAGAUGACAACAGUGAUAAACAGAACCAAAAUGCCACACUGAUUAGCUCCGGCUGGAAUGGCUUAGAGCCAACUGCAGUUCAGUCUGUUCAGAGGCCAUCCCCUGACAUCAAUAUCUCAGCUCCUGGUGAAUAGAAUGCUAGGUGUAUCUAAGGGACUUGGAUGCUGAAGUGAUAACUGAAGAGGCUAAUCAAUUUCAGUUAGUUCUGUUGUAACAAAUUGUUUUUUUUUAACAUGUACGACAAUUUCAAUCUCAGAUUAGGAAUUAGAGACAAUAUUGAGAAGAUAUGAGCGAAAUUUAUGAAAAUGCUAAUACUGUCAUCAUUUAUUUGUUCCUGAUUUUGUAAACA